AUGGGUCAUACAACAUAUAAUCAUGGUGCUAUAUUGGCAAUAGUCUCCCUUGGUGGAUUGCUUCUUGGUCUUGAAAUAUCAGCAAUGGCUGUUUUUAUUGGUUCACCUAUUUUUUUGGAAUAUUUUAAAAACCCAGAUUCAAUAUUACAAGGUUUUAUAGCAGGUUCAAAUCCAAUAGGUGCUCUUCUUUCAGAUAGAUUUGGAAGGUUGUUUACAUUUAGAACUGCUUCAGUUAUAUGGAUUCUGGGUUCUAUUGUAUCAAUCUUAGUCGUUCAUAUAUACAUGGUUAUUGGAGGAAGAGCUGUUAAAGGGAUUGCUGUUGGUAUAUUUUCGUCUAGUUUAACAGUCUAUGUUACUGAGGUUUUCCCACCGCAUAAAAAAGGUUUAGCUACAUCCAUUACUCAAUGGUCAUUGACUUGGGGAAUUAUGAUAAUGUUUUAUUCAGCUUAUUUGUGCAGUUUUAUAGAAAGCGAAUUAUCAUUUCGUAUAGCUUGGGGGCUUGAACUUUUACCUGGAUUACUAUUGCUCAUCCUUUCAUUUUUCAUUCCUGAAUCACCAAAGUGGUUAGUAACUAAAUCCAGAUGGAGAGAAGCAAAUAUGAUUUAUAAAAAGUUAAAACAUUCUGAAGAUAGUUUAUACCCAGAUUCAGAGAUUCAAGAUAAUCAAGAAAUAAAAACUCAACCUGUUGGAGAGGAAGAAGAUGAUUUGAAUGAAGCUAAAGAAGCACUUGAUUUACAUGAAAAGAAACUACAAAAAUGUUCAUAUAGGGAUUUAUUUCGUCAAGAUUUAAGAAAACAUUUGCUAGUUGGUAUAGGGACUCAAGUAUUCACACAAUUAAGUGGUAUUGGUGUUCUUAUGUAUUAUUUGGUGUUUAUUUGUGAAAUGAUUGGAUUAAGAGAUGAUGUAAAGCUUUUAUCUUCCUCAAUUCAGUAUGUUAUCAAUGUCAUAUUUACUAUUUUCCCAAUUUUAUGGAUUGAUAGCUUAAGACGUAAAGAUGUUUUGGUUUAUGGAACUUCAACAUUGGGUGCUUGUAUUUUUGCCAUUGGUGUAAUAAUGGUUCAUUUUGGUCAUAAGAUAAACAAUCCUGAAAAUGAGAUGAUCACUAGAACAGUGGAAGGAUUUGCUGGAUCAUUCACUUUGGCUCUUUGUUUUCUAUUUGUGGCCAUAUUCGCCUCUUCUUUAUCUUGUGCUGCUUGGUUAUAUACAAAUGAGAUAUUGCCGGUUCGUGCUAAAGCUAAAGGUUCAGCAGUUUGCAUGAGUGUUUCUUGGAUUGUCAAUGGAUUAUUAACAUUUUUAACACCGAUAGCAUUGAAGCAUAUCGACUGCUAUACAUUUAUGGUCUUUGGUGGUUUUGGUGUUAUUGGUGCUUUCACUAUUGGGAUUACUUUCCCAGAAACAUAUGGUCAGGAUGAGGAUGGUAUCAAAAAUAUAUUUAACAAAGGUAUAACACCAAACAAUUCUGAAACUAAUCAACCAUCAGACAGUCGAGUAACAGGAAAUCAACCAACUGUAAGAGAUCAAAAUGAUGAAAUUUUUGAAGUCGAGAGUGAUUCUGUGAAUUCAAAUGAAAAGCAUGAUACUACCUCAAGAUAUAUUUAUUCAAAGAAAUCUAAUAAAGCUCAAGAUGAACCUACAAAGCAAACUAUUUUACUACAGAAUAACGAUGACACACCAGAUGAAGUUGAGAUUAAUCCAGUGAAGACGAUAAACAAUUUCAAAUCAGAACGUACAAACUUAUCAUUUCCGCAGCUUAAGAAUUAUCAUCAUGAAAUUAUUCAACAUUCAAAUUCACCAAGUACAAAUUCAGAUAGAUUAAGUACCACUAAUGUACCUCCAGAAAAUAUGAGUCCUUUCUUCAAAAAAAUGGGUGGUCCAUUUGAAACAGAUUCUGAUCUGAUUUCCACUCAACAAAACAUUGAAGGUACUGAUGGUGAUCAUAGUCCAACUUAUACAGGGGGACUAAUAAUUGUAUUUUGGGAUAAAAUUAUCACAUCACAGGACAAAGCUAAUAUUUCAAUCACUAAUGAACGUUCAAAAUACUCUGUAUGGGAUAUUGAAGAAACAUUUAGAAAUAGAGAAGCUAAUGUUAAAUUAGAGUGGAAUAUCCAGCCAUAUGUUGGUCCUUUAGUGUUUGGCUCAACAGAAGGUGAAACUUUAAUGGUUUAUCCAGAUCCUCAUACACCCGAGGCUAAGAAAACCAGAAAGAAGAAACAGCAACAGCAUUGA